UUAUCUAGUACCCUAAUCUCUCUCAUCUUUCCUCUCGCUUUCACGGCCUCCGGCCUCCCCUUCGUGUGUCUCUCUUGCCUCUUCCGAGGACACCCUUAUCUCCCGAAACCCUAAAUCGAUCUCGUAGGGCUGGCCUCCUCGGUUCAGAAACCCUAAUCUCGUAUCCUCCCCUUAAUCUCAUAUCCUCCCGCUGAUCGUUUCCUCCCUGUCAUCGGCGGCCUUCUGCGAUCGAUUUCUUAGCUUUCUCCUCUUGUUAUUUUCUUCGAACUCUAAUCCAUUUGCUCAAAAUCUUUCCGAGACCCGCAGUUUUGCUCUUGUAUUCCCGUUGAGAUUUUCGUUUUGAAGUGAUUUCACCCUCUUCCGAAGUUUGUAAGGUGCAGAGAAUCGAAGCGUGUCCGACCAUUCGUGCGUUGAUCUUGAUUCACCGAUACUUUUGAUAGGAAUAAAUUUUGGUUUCGAUUCCGAGAGCCUAAUCUGCGAAAGCUUCGGUCUUUUCACAGAUCGAGGGAGGUUCUUGGUUUGAAACCCUAGCCUGGAUCUAUUAGCUGUGGCUCACCUGGAGUCGUUGUAGAAAUGGCUGGAGGGGGAAGCAGGAGGGACGAUGGGCCCUUGAAGAUUGGCAGCAACAACGUUUUCGCUGCGCUCGAGACCCUCAAAAAGAAGAAGAAGUCGGACAAGGACAAGAGCAAGGGGUCGUCCAAGAACCAGGCUAAAGAGCCGGAGCAGCAGGUAUUUUGGGCGCCGGCUCCGCUGACCGGCAAGUCUUGGGCUGAUGUGGAUGACGAUGACGACUACUAUGCCACCACAGCCCCGCCCCAGUCUGUUUGGGGAUCCUCCGAGACGCAGCAAAACAAGGAAAGUUCGGCCAUAGUUGAGGCAGAAACUGACAGUGAAGAUGAUGGUCUCGAUGAGGUUGAUGAUGAUGCUGAGGAAGAACCUGAACAUGAAGCUGAGGUUCCUGCUGUCCCUGAACUGGUCAUGAAGAAACCUCCCCUUGCUGCUGUUGCAAGUAGAGAGACAGAAAGGCAACUGUCAAAGAAAGAGCUGAAGAAAAAGGAAAUGGAGGAACUGGAGUCUGUUUUGGCUGAGCUGGGUAUUUCUAGCGGAGACAACAAUGUUGGGCAAGAUGAAAUAAAUGGCAAGAAACAAGAGGAGCAAAAUGUGGAUGGCGAAAAAAGGGAGAAUGCACCUGCUCCUUCAGAGAGCAAAAGUUCAAAGAAGAAAAAGGCAAAGAAAGACAAAUCCCCGAAGGAAGCUAAAGAGCCACAGGAGCAACCUAAUGGCUUGGACACUAAUAAAAGCCUGGAUGAAGCUGCUGAUGAACCUGAAGAAGAUGUUACUUCUGCUAUUGAUGUGAAGGAGCGGAUAAAGAAGGUGGCUUCAUUGAAGAAGAAGAAAUCGGGCAAAGAGAUGGAUGCUGCUGCAAAAGCUGCUGCAAUUGAGGCUGCUGCCAGGAGUGCUAAGCUUGCUGCUGCAAAGAAGAAAGAGAAGAACCACUACAAUCAACAGCCAGUGCGGUAAAGCAUCUUUCGGAUGAUGAGUUCCAUAUCUCUUGUUCGUUUGUUAAAUUCCAAAAUAAACAUCAGGCUGUCUUAUAGAAAGACAUUGGGAGAUCUUUCAGGUUCACUUUGAAAAGUCUAGUAGCUUUGCCAGUCUAUGCCUGUGACAAUGUUUGCAGUAAUCUGUUUAUCUGAAUCUUAUGGACGAUUACUAUUUUACUGCGGACGGUUACUGUAAAAUUUGUACAUCUGUUCACUUGCAUUCAUUUUC